ACUGUUUCUCCAUUCCUGAAAGCCAAGAGCAGCAGCAGCAGCUCGUUACAGUCUGAGGGACCAAUUGCACUAGACCUCGAAGAUCAGGGUGCAUCCUCAUCAUCGUCAUCUGCUCAGUCAUCAAAUGUAGAAAGUGAAUCAGUUAGUACAACUGAGAGCAAAACGAAUGGCUCAGGGGACCAGAAUGGCAUGCAGUCUGAGGGAGAAGCAGGUGUGAAUGGUGAAGAGGACAAACACAUGGUGAAUGGUGAGCGUGCAGAGGAAGAGGAGGCAGCUGAUGUGAAACAUGAAGACAAGGACAAAGUUGAAGGUGAAGAAAAAGUGGAGAAGAAAGACGAGGACAACAAAGUAGAAAAUGGUGAAGUUGUCAUAAAUGGUGGUGAAGGUCUGGAAACGGGGAAAGGGAAAGGCAAAGGGGGUAAGGGAGGUAAAGGGAAGGCUGUGUUGAAGAACUCUGAGGUGCAGGCAAUGAAGGAAGCACAAGUCAAAGAGAGACGGCGUGUUGCAGCCAUGAAGGCAGCUGAAAUUUACCGCAAAAUCCAGGAAGGCACAGCAGAGGAGGACCUUAGUGAUGAAGAGGAGGAAGAGGAUGAUGACAAUUUUGAGGAUGAGGAUGAUGAAGAGGAUGAGGGUGAGGAUGAUGACGAGGCCGGUGAUGAUGACGACAGUGAUGAAGAGGAAGAUGAUGACGAGGAGGCUGAAGAUGAUGACGAUGAUCCUUAUGCCGAAUUUGCCAUGAAUAUGAAGGAAGAGCCUGGCUUUGACAGUGGAUGCACAGCCUGCCUAGCACUGAUCAAAGACAAUGAGCUCUAUGUGGCCAAUGUGGGUGAUUCACGCUGUGUUGUGUCCAGAGACGGCAAAGCAAUUGAAAUGAGUCUGGACCACAAGCCAGAGGAUGAUCCUGAGGCAGCAAGAAUUAUCAGAGCAGGAGGGAGAGUGACAGCAGACGGAAGGGUCAAUGGAGGACUCAAUCUCUCAAGAGCAAUUGGUGACCAUGGCUACAAGCAAAACAAAAACCUAUCGGCAGAGGAACAGAUGAUCAGUCCGCUCCCUGACGUUCGUUCCAUGACACUUGAACCCAAAGAUACCUUCAUAAUUGUUGCCUGUGAUGGAAUCUGGAACUCUCUUUCAUCUCAGGAAGCUUGUGAUUUUGUUUCUGAGAGGCUGAGUGAGGAUACCAAGCUCUCAAAGAUUUGUGAGGAGUUAUUUGACCACUGUCUAGCCCCAGACACUCAUGGGGAUGGCACAGGCUGUGACAACAUGACGUGCAUCAUCAUCAAGUUGAACAAAUUGAAGGUGGAGUCAAGCGGGAGUGCCAAGAGAACUUCUGACGAAGCUGGCAAUGAAGGGAUCAAGCAAGAGGACAAGAAAUUCAAAAGUGAUGGCGAAUAAUGACCAAUAGGGCAUAGGAGAUUUUAUUUUCAAACUAGUGUUUAGGGUUGGGGCGGGAGGGAUUCCAGGGGUAGGGGGUCUUUGCUGGAACCUAGUGUUGUCGUCUCACUUCCCCAUAGGCCAUCCUUGUGAGGAAACAGACGCAUGAAGGCCAUGUCUCUGCAGAUUGCUCUCUCGCUUUCAAUAGAUGGACCAGAGAGGUGAAUGCUGCGAUGAACUGUAGUGCAACUGCGCUGUACAACUCUUGCACGAUUGUGAGAAGUGUGGCCAUCUCAAAAUCAAGAGGUUACAGUAUCAAAGUGAAACCUUAGGGUGAAGGAAUAUGCCAGAAAGAGACUAAGUUAUCUCUCUCUUUUAAAAUCUGUGGCAGUUGAGGACCAAAUGUAUGUCCUGAGAAAUGGCUUUUUUCUUUCUUUCUUUCUUUCUAAGAAGAAGAAAAACAAAAGAGGAAUCCUGGUGAACACAAGAAAUCCUUUUCUAUUUGGUACACACUGGAGGGUUAAAUAAAGGUGCUAGAUACGUCUGCCUCAAAGAGGAGACACAUUAAGCUAUGCCAGAUUUUCCCCCCACCCUGCCAAAAGCAUAUAAAAAUAAAAAAGAAAGAAAAAAA